AUGUCCGAAACGUUACCGGAACUUUCAAUCCUCCGCGGGUACGAGCUGCGUCUCCUCCGCUGCACCCUCCAGUCUCCGGCGUCCGAUCCCUCACCCCAUCCCCAACAGUCCGAUCAUGCCCACCCCACCCACCACCUCCACCCUCUAAUCAACGACCUCUUAACUUCCAUCGAGUCGGGCCACUACCUCCGAGCCCUCACCUCCCCCGACGUAAACCGCGCAGUUUUCAAACUCGCCGAGUCUGACUCACUCGGAGACUCGGCGGAGUGCGCUGACAGAGUGUACUCCGAGUUGCUGGACCGAGUUGAGUCGUUUAUAUCCAAGGAAUGCGAAGAAGAAGAGAAUGAUAGUGGCAAGGACAAGGCCUACAGAGUCAUCGUGGUUCUGUGCAUUGCCGUGGCUGCCUUGUUCGGUUUUUCUCAAUGUAACUCGACUGGACCGUUGGAGGGGUUGCCAAAGUGUCCUCUGCCACUGGAAGUGCCUCAAUGUGAUGAGUGGGAGAAUUGGGCGGGUAAUCAGCUUAUGGCUGCUGGGUCUGACUUGCUUGGAAAGUUAUCCAAUAUUCAGUAUAUAGUUUAUGCGAAGAUGCUGGCCAUGAAGAUGAAAGAUUUGUUAUUUGACGGAAGUGUGCCUUCUACAUAUGGAAUUAGGAGCAUUUCAUGGUGGCUCAUUAGGAUCACCCUUCUCCAUCAAAGAAUUCUUGAUGACCGGUCUUCUUCUCUGUUCAAUCUUUUGCAAGUCUUUACGAGUGAAACUUUGAAUCAUUUUGGCACUUUGGAGAAAGUAACAACUUAUUGGGGUAACAAUUUACGUAAUGGUGAGGGUUCGUCACUUGUCUCAAUGAUUUAUCUGGAAGCUGGAAUAAUGGAAUACACCUAUGCAAGAGUUGAUUCAUGCAGGCUACAUUUUGAAUCAGCUGAAGCAGCAGCUGGUCUUCAGCUUUCUGUUACAGGUGUUCUUGGCUUCCGUACUGUACAUCAGGUAGAACCAAAGGCACAAAUGGUACUUUUAGCAAACCCAACUUCUUCGAACAGCAGUGGUAGCUGCCUCGCAGAAAGCCCUGGCUCCCAGACAAACAAUUCUAGCAUUGGAAAUCUGCAUCCAUCUGAAACCUAUGAGGCCUCUGACAUAUUGAUGACCCCAAAAUUGUUAGGGAAUGAUAGCAAUUCUGGAAUUAUUUCAGAAGGCAUUCAAGUUGGUGGUACUGCUGCUGUUCCUUUGAGUGCAGUCCAUCAGGCAGUGAUCCUGGCUAAAUGCCUUCUAAUUGAGAAGGGUACACGACAUGAUGAAAUGCAAAGAUGGGAAAUGGCUCCUUACAUAGAGGCAAUUAAUUCUCAGCAGUCGUCAUACUUUAUUAUACGAUGUUUCUGUGACAUCCUACGGAUUUGGUGGGAGUCAACACGUAGUCACACAAAGGAACGUGCAUUGCUGAUGAUGGAAAAAUUGGUUCAGGGUAUCUAUGACCCUUCUCCAGGAGGGGCGGAAAGGAUUCUUUUCUGCUACGGCGUUCAAAUUCCUACCAUUUCCUGCCCUGCGGAAAAGAAAGCAGCAGCUGUUGAACUGAUCAAGACACGACUUUCUGAAACACCCAAUGACCCCAGGUGCUCAUUGGGUGAUGUUACUAAUGAUGAUGCCUGCUUUGAAAAAGCCCUGGAAGUUUCAAAUGAUAGAUCAGCUCGAGCCAAGCGGUCUCUUGCUCGCAGUGCAUACAAUAGAGGGGACUAUGAAAAUCAAAACCCCUAUGAUGCACAAUCACAUCAUCUGCAUUCCAUAAUUCCCAAGGGUCCUGCACAAUGGCCUUGA